UUUCUCUCGUCCAGAAACGGCACAGCAGGACCCCUGUCUGAGGGCUCAACCGCGCCUAACCCCGGCUUCAGAGGUUGUUUUUUUUUUUUUUUUUUUACGACAAAAGGCAACUUGGAAAGUGUCCUUCAGAGGAGUUACGGGGGGAUUUAGCCGUGCACGGGAGGAGAACAAAGGGGAGGGGACGGUGUGAGCUGAUGGACUCGGGGAUGAGAUAGCGUUCAUAACCGACCCCAUCUCCCCAUCCUUCCCCGUCGGACUGGACGGUUCUUUUUCUUUCCGGAUGAUGUAACUAUUUUAUGACAGACUGGGCUCGGGUUUAUCCUCGCCGUUCACGAAGUGCUCAUACUUUCCCUCAAUUAUCAGCGCACGACGAGCCGCAUCCUCCGGUUUUAGGAGCCCGUGUCCAGGUUUCGGUGAGGGGGCUCAGCUCAGCGGGACGUUGCGCAGGGCUCAACUGGCUGUUCCCAGGGGUCGGAGAGCGGCGGUGCAGUCAUGUGGCAGAGGAUUCAGAUUUGCUGCGCACUGUUUGCACUGUAUUCAGCGGCACCGCCUGCACACAUCAACCGCCUGGCGCUGUUCCCUGACAAGAGCGCCUGGUGCGAAGCCAAGAACAUCACACAGAUAGUCGGGCACACGGGAUGUCAGCCUCGCUCUAUUCAAAACAGAGCUUGUCUGGGCCAGUGUUUCAGUUACAGCGUCCCCAACACGUUCCCACAGUCGACCGAGUCUCUGGUGCACUGUGACUCCUGCAUGCCUGCCCAGACGCAGUGGGAAGUGGUGACUCUGGAUUGCCCGGGCAGUGAAGAGUCUCCUCAUGUGGAUAAGCUGGUGGAGAGGAUCUUCCACUGCAGCUGCCAGUCCUGCAGUAAAGAAGGAGCCCAGGAGGGGGCGGUGAUGCAGCUGUAUCCAGCCGACAACGUGGUGGACGCUCCGUCUUUAUCUGACACCUUGAGCGGCGCUCAGUCCCACCCUCUCCCUCCUUCAGACACACACUCCAAAAAGCACGCUCACGCACACACAGACCAUCACACACUACCACACACAUCAGACGGAGGGUAGCUCCGUCACUUGACUCCUUUUGUCACUUUGCUCAUCUCUUCCACCCUCUCUACUCUGCUCCACAGCGCAUCCUUUGUACCAAUCUGUAGUUUUGUAAAGGCACUUUGAAAUAAGGCUUCACUUUAUGUUAAAAUGUUUUUCUGUGUUAAAAGGCACACACACACACACACACACACCCACACACACACACACACACGCACGCACACUCGUCAUGCUAUCAGAUUACACUCCUUUGUAUAUAAACUCAUACAAACACAGCAGCCCGUGCACUCUUUUUGUUUGCUGAUUAAACAUGCAUCCAGACAAGACUACAGUCUGUUAAUAAACUGUAGUGUCAUUAUUUUUAAUCUGCUUUAAUGCAAUAAAUUCUAUUGUUGUGGUAACCGUC